CUAGGAAUGCAAGGAAACAGCCUACAUGGUAAAGUCCCAUCUUUGGCAAAUUUGCAUAAGCUCGAGAGAUUUUCUCUAACCUCUAACAAUCUAGGAAGUGGGGGACUUAAUGACUUGAGCUUUAUCUGUGAUUUGACUAGAGCCACCAAUUUAAAACACCUAGGCAUUAAUAUGAACAAUUUUGGGGGUGUCUUACCUGAAUGCACAGCAAACUUGUCUUCUUCUCUUGCACGGUUCUACGUAAGUGACAAUAAAUUAGUAGGAAGACUCCCAAAUGGGAUUGGAAAUUUAGUUAACUUGUUGAGCCUAUAUCUGUCUAUGAACCAAUUUUCUGGUGAAAUCCCUCCUGAUCUAGGCAAGCUUCAAAACUUAUAUCAAUUAGAUUUAGCUAUAAACUCUCUUUCUGGUGAAAUUCCUUCCUCUUUCGGAAACUUAAGUCAAUUAACUAAAUUAUUUUUGGAUGACAAUAACCUUCAAGGAAAUUUACCUUUAAGUUUAGGAGACUGUCCCAAUUUGGAAAUCUUGUCUGUUCCAAGAAACAAUCUCAGCGGUAUCAUUUCCCCAAAAAUCAUCGGUCUAUCAUCUUCAUAUAUUUUUUUGGAUUUAUCUCGAAAUCGUUUCACCGGUCCCUUUCCUCAGGAAGUAGGAAAACUUAUAAAUCUUGAGUAUUUAGAUAUUUCCGAAAAUAUGUUUUCUGGUAAAAUUCCAUCAGGUCUUGGUAGCUGCAUAAAAGUAGAAAAACUACACAUGCAAGGAAACUUCUUCCAAGAAACAAUUCCAUUGUCUUUGGCUUCUCUAAGAGGUAUUCAAGAAUUAAACCUUUCUCGCAACAACUUGUCUGGAAAGAUUCCAGAGUUCUUGGAGAGCUUUCAACUUCUCCAAUCUUUGAAUCUGUCGGAUAAUAAUUUUGAGGGCAUGGUGCCAACCAAAGGAGUUUUUACAAAUGCAACUGCCACAUCAGUUAGAGGAAACAGUAAUCUUUGCGGGGGCCCACUUGAGUUUCAUUUGCCAAAAUGCAAAUUCAAACAACAGAAAAAGGGAGGAUUAAGCCUAACCUUGAAAUUCAUAAUCUCUAUUGGUUGUGCUCUUCUUGGAGGAACUUUUGCAUUUACUUUUUUGUACCAUUGUUGUGUAAGGAGGGACAUAAAGGAUGAUAGCUCUAGUGGUUCAGAAAAAUUUCUACGGUUAUCUUACCAAAGUCUUCUAAAAGCUACCGACGGAUUCUCCUCUUCCAAUUUGAUUGGUGCGGGCA